UAAUGAUCAAGAUUCUGAUAAUUUAAGAAAUAUUACAAAUGAAGAAGCGGUAAUAUUAAUAGAAGAAGAACAUAAAAUAGUACAAGAUGAAUUAGAAAACGAAAUGGAUUUUCAAUUGGAAAAUGAAUUUAAUGAAUAUCUUCAAAAUUGGGCAGAAAUGCUAGAAGGGGAAGGAAUUAGCAUUUUUAAUGAAAAUGAUGAAAAUAUUUUGAAGAUAAUAUUAUAG